UGACUCGCCACGAUGUGUAUGGGAAACAAGACAGGGUGACGCGCGUACCGAAUGUAGCCGCCGUGUUUGGAAGAAAGAAGGCAAGCAUUCUCCACGCACAGGCCCACGUUUGCUUUUUUUGUUUUAAAUCGUGAAACAAAUGCAGAUUUCUAGGCGAUCGGUUGCACGGGAAUACAAAAGGACGAGCCGGUUGUAAGGUGGAUUCGCAGUUAAUUUUUCCCUCAGCCAUCUUGACUGCUCGCCUGAAGGCGAUUUUCUCCUGUCCGCACCUCUGCUGAAAGUAAACACGGCUUGCAAAUUACUUGCAACUCCGUGCCAAAGAGUGCAGCGAGAUGGGCUCGCUGCGAUACAUCUAGUCGGACUCUGCGAGUGACUGACCGAUUUGGAUCGCGGUGGGAUUCAGCACGGAUUCAGCCGUGAGAGUGGAGGAUACGACGCGCGGGAGGAUGGCGUACGACCUGUUGGGGAUUUACCUGCUCCUCUCCCUGGCUCUGCUGCCUCGCUCCAGCGGCACCGCGGCCAAGGAGAUCACCUGCCAGGAGAUAUCGGUGCCCCUGUGCAAGGGGGUCGGGUACAACUACACCUACAUGCCUAACCAGUUCAACCACGACACGCAGGACGAGGCUGGACUGGAGGUGCACCAAUUCUGGCCCCUGGUCGAGAUCCAGUGUUCCCCUGACCUAAAGUUUUUCCUGUGCAGCAUGUACACCCCUAUUUGCCUGGAGGACUACAAGAAGCCCCUGCCCCCGUGCCGGAGCGUGUGCGAGCGGGCGCGGGCAGGUUGCGCGCCCCUCAUGAGGCAGUACGGCUUCCCCUGGCCGGACCGGAUGAAAUGCGACCUGCUCCCGGUGCAAGGCAACCCCGACACCCUGUGCAUGGACUACAACCGCACCGACUCCACCACGGUGUCCCCCGUGCUGUCGAAGCCGACCAACCACCCGAGUAAGUCGCUUAACCCGAACCAUCACAACAACAACAGUAAGCCGGGGCGCAACCGCCCCAGCGCGCCCGGCAAACACAAGCCGGCGGCGGCGGCUCCCUGCGAGCCGGUGUGCGACUGCCUGCCGCCGAUGGUGCCGGUGAACACGGACCGCCACCCGCUCUACAACCGAGUGAAGACGGGACAGAUCACCAACUGCGCGAUGCCCUGCCACAACCCCUACUUCACGCCGGACGAGCGGACGUUCACCGCCUUCUGGAUUGGGCUGUGGUCCGUGCUGUGCUUCGUGUCAACGUUCGCCACGGUGGCUACGUUCCUCAUCGACAUGGAGCGCUUCAAGUACCCGGAGCGCCCCAUCAUCUUCCUGUCCGCCUGCUACAUGUUUGUUUCCAUUGGCUACAUCGUGCGCCUCAUCGCCGGCCACGAGAAGGUGGCGUGCAACCGGGACUACGACGCAGAGCACGUCCACUACGAGACCACCGGGCCGGCGCUGUGCACGGUGGUCUUCCUCCUCGUCUACUUCUUCGGCAUGGCCAGCUCCAUCUGGUGGGUCAUCUUGUCCCUGACCUGGUUCCUGGCCGCGGGCAUGAAGUGGGGUAACGAGGCGAUCGCCGGCUACUCGCAGUACUUCCACCUCGCCGCCUGGCUCAUCCCCAGCAUGAAGUCCAUCGCCGUGCUGGCCCUCAGCUCGGUGGACGGGGACUCGGUGGCGGGCAUCUGCUACGUGGGCAACCAGAACCUUGAUAACCUGCGGGGCUUCGUGCUGGCGCCGCUCGUCAUCUACCUGUUCAUCGGGACCAUGUUCCUCCUGGCGGGCUUCGUGUCGCUGUUCCGCAUACGCAGCGUCAUCAAGCAGGGGGGCACCAAGACUGACAAGCUGGAGAAGCUGAUGAUCCGCAUCGGCGUGUUCACGGUGCUGUACACCGUGCCCGCCACAGUAAUCGUUGCCUGCUACUUUUAUGAGCAACACAACCGCCAGAGCUGGGAGGUGAGCCACAACUGCACUUGCUCGUCGGAGCGGGCGCGCCGGCGGCCGGACUACGCCGUGUUCAUGCUCAAGUACUUUAUGUGCCUCCUGGUGGGCAUCACGUCGGGCGUGUGGAUAUGGUCCGGCAAGACCCUGGAAUCGUGGAGGGCCUUCUGCACGCGCUGCUGCUGGGGCAGCAAGGGCACGGGCGGCUCCAUGUACAGUGACGUCAGCACGGGUCUGACUUGGAGGUCGGGCACGGCCAGCUCCGUGUCCUGUCCCAAGCAGCUGCCCCUGUCCCAGCAGGUCUAAGGGCCGGCCCGGCGGAGCGCUAAUUGUUUGGGAGAUAACCCAUCACCACCACCACUACCCCCCGAAGCCUUAACAAUUAGCAUAGUAAUCAACUGUUGAUGGGGGCCCAUGUGGAAGAAAGCUGUGUGUGUGUGUGUGGGGGGGGGGGGGGGGGGACUGGUCGAAAACAAUGUACCCAGCAUUAGCACAGGAUAAUUUCUCCCUGUUUAUAUGUAUAAGGGUGUUACAGACUGAAGCUUAUCUGCAAUGUCGGCAUUGCUUGUUCUGAAAUGCCUUUUGAGGCAAAGAGACAAAAUUUGAUUUAUUUUUUAGUAGCUUGCUUUGUGGCAAGAGCGUCGAGCCGUUUUUAACCAUUCUUACUACACAGUGCCAGAGCUAUUCCAUUGUAUAAUUCAAUCACCUUAGCUGGUUUAAAUUAAGCCUUAAAGAAAAAAGUGCCCACCUUUUCUAUGGGGCACCCUACUUUUUUUGUAUUCGUAUUUAUAUCAAAUGGUUCUGUACAAACGUGUAAAUUUUGUGUAUAACAGAAUACUUUAUAAGCUAUUGUAAAUUUGUAAAUACUGUAGAUGUCUUUUUGUGAGGCGGGGGAAGGGGGGGAAAUACAAAUGACUUUUAUUUUGAAAAUAAAAAACACAUGAUGCUAAAUCUCAA